UUUGGUCAAUAACUCCUAUUUUAUAGGGCAUCCAUUUCAUUACACUAUUCAUUGUUUUUCCAUUUUUUCUUUUUACUAUCACUAUUUAAUCCCCUCCCAAUAAACCCUACUAGGGGUUCUUGUCAGAACCAAUCGCCGCCCGAUUCAUCUCUUCCUUUCUUUUCCUCUUGCCUUACUGUUUCAACUGUUUUUCAUUUUUGUGUAUUUACAACAGUUGUUCUCUCUUCUUCCAUGGAAAACAUGUUGCACAUCUUUUGUUUCCUGAUUCCAUUUUAGGAUGACACAAUCCAUCUUUUAAUCGUUCUUUGUUGCUUUCAUCUUCUGGUUAUUUUAGUUUUAGUUUUGGUUUUUCAGGUGAUACAAGUUUUGGUUUUUACUCCCUUAAACUUUAGUUUUUUGGCUCUGUAAAUAUGGGGUCUAGUUCUUAUGUCCUUGAAAGGCUCUAUUUUGUGGAUGCUUUGGGGUUUACAGUUUGAUUAUUGCAUAUGGGUGGAGUACUGAUUGUUUUCUCACUUAGUUGAACAAUAAGGGUUAUGAUCAAUUAGGUUUCUUCUUUAGAUAAUGUUAUCUGAAUUGGGGAGGAGACCGAUGAUAGGUGGAAACAACGGUUCGUUUGGUGAUGAUUUGGAGAAGGAAAUAGGAUUAUUGCUCCGUGAACAGCGUAGUAGACAAGAGUCUGAUGAUCGUGAGCGUGAGCUUAACUUGUGUAGAAGUGGUUCAGCACCACCGACUGUGGAGGGUUCUCUGAGUGCUUUUGGUGGCUUAUAUGGCGGCGCUUUUGGUGCGAAUAGCACAUCCUUCUUGGAGUUUUCUAGGGGUAAACUUGGAAAUAAUAAUAACGGUUUUUCUUCUGAGGAGGAGCUUAGGUCUGAUCCAGCUUAUCUCUCAUAUUACUACUCUAAUGUGAAUCUGAACCCCAGGCUUCCGCCUCCUUUGCUUUCUAAGGAGGAUUGGAGAUUUGCUCAGAGAUUGAGAGGAGAGAGCUCAGUGUUGGGUGGGAUGGGAGAUAGGCGGAAAGUGAAUAUAGGACCUGAUAAUGGUGGUGGUGGUAGUAGGUCUUUAUUUUCUAUGCCACCAGGGUUUGAUUCAAGGAAACAAGAGAGUGAGCUGGAGCCUGAGAAGGUUCGCGGCUCAGUGGAUUGGGGUGGUGAUGGACUUAUUGGCUUAUCGGGAAUAGGACUCGGCAACAAACAGAAGAGCCUUGCUGAAAUCUUUCAGGAUGACUUGGGGAGAACAACACCUGGCACAGGGAACCCAUCUCGUCCUGCUAGUCGUAAUGCUUUUGACGAAAACCUUGAGACCAUUGGUACUGCUGAAGCUGAACUGGCUAAUCUGCGAUCUGGUGCAAAUGUUCAAGGCUCAUCCACUGUCCACACUAUUGGCACACUUUCUUCAUAUUCAUAUGCGGCUGCUUUAGGUGCUUCCUUGUCUAGAAGUACCACUCCUGAUCGCCAACUUGUUGCUAGAGCAACUAGUCCUUGCCCAACACCAAUUGGUGGAGUGAGAGUUGGUGCCUCAGAAAAGAGAGGCAUGAUGAGUCCAAACUCAUUUUCAGCAGUCUCCUCUGGCAUGAAUGCGUCUUCAGAUCUGGUAGCUGCUUUGUCUGGCAUGAACUUGUCAACAAAUGGAGUGAUAGAUGAUGAAAACCAACUGUCUCAACAGAUAGAACAGGAUGUUGAGAAUCAGCGAAAUUAUUUGUUUGCUGUGCAGGGUGGUAAGAAUCAUAACAAGCAACAGAAUUACCCCAAAAAAUCAGAAUCUCGGCAAUUAUCUAUGCCUUCAGCUCAUCAAUCAGGUAAAAUGUCUUACGCUGAUUUGGGUAAGAGUAAUGGAGGUGGCUUGGACCUGAACAACUCAUCCUUUGUGGCUUAUAGGCAAGCUGAACUACAAAACUCUGCUGUUCCUACUAAUAAUUCGUACUUGAAAGGAUCAUUGAUAUCCACUCUUAAUGGUGGAAGUGGUUUACCUGCUCAGUAUCAGCACAUAGAUGGUAUGCAAAACUAUGGAUUAAGUGGUUACUCCCUGAAUCCAUCUUUGGCCUCUGUCAUGGCUAGCCAACCUGGUGCUGGUAAUCUGCCACCAUUACAUGAAAAUGUUGCUGCAGCAUCAGCUAUGGCAGUCCAUGGAAUGGAUUCAAGAGUUCUUGGAGGAGGUUUGGCUGCUGGACAAAAUCUAAACGCAGCAUCUGACUCACAGAAUCUCAGUAGAUUUGGGAAUCAAAUGGCUGGGGGUGCACUUCAGGGCUCAUUUGUCGACCCAAUGUAUCUCCAGUACUUGAGAACUUCUGAAUAUGCUGCUCAGCUUGCAGCUCUUAAUGAUCCCUCAGUGGAUAGGAACUUCCUCAGCAAUUCAUACAUGAAUCUUCUUGAACUGCACCAAGCGUAUCUUGGAGUUCUGCUUUCACCUCAGAAAUCACAGUAUGGUUUUCCAUUAGGCGGUAAGUCUGGUGGUUCUAAUCAUCUGGGUUAUGGUGGAAGCUCUGCCUUUGGGCUUGGGAUGUCCUAUCCAGGUAGUCCUUUGGCAAAUCCUGUUAUUUCAAUCUCCUCAGUGGGACAUGGUAGUCCUAUCAGACACAAUGAGCCAAACUUACUCUUUUCUGGGAUGAGAAACUUAGCUGGGGGGGUCAUGGGACCUUGGAAUUUGGAUGGUAGUAUUGAUGAUCACUUUGGGUCGUCUUUGCUAGAAGAGUUCAAGGGCAACAAAACAAAGUCUUUUGAACUUUCAGAAAUUGCAGGCCAUGUCGUAGAGUUCAGCAGUGCAGAUCAGUAUGGUAGCCGAUUCAUUCAACAAAAACUUGAAACAGCCACUAUGGAAGAGAAGAACAUGGUUUAUCAGGAAAUCAUGCCUCAAGCUCUUGCUUUGAUGACUGAUGUAUUUGGUAAUUAUGUCAUUCAGAAGUUUUUUGAGCAUGGUCUUGCAUCUCAGCGAAGAGAGCUUGCAAGCAAGCUUUUUGGUCACGUUUUAACCCUUAGCCUUCAAAUGUAUGGUUGCCGAGUGAUCCAGAAGGCCAUAGAAGUUGUUCAUCUGGAUCAGAAAAUAAAAAUAGUUGAAGAACUUGAUGGUCAUGUGAUGCGUUGUGUUCGUGACCAGAAUGGAAAUCAUGUCAUCCAGAAAUGUAUUGAAUGUGUUCCUGAAGAGAAUAUUCAAUUUAUUGUCACAACAUUUUUUGAUCAAGUUGUAACCCUUUCUACCCAUCCUUACGGGUGUCGUGUAAUACAGAGAAUACUGGAACACUGCAAGGACCCCAAAACGCAGAGUAAGGUUAUGGAUGAGAUCCUAGGAAAUGUCAGCAACCUAGCACAGGAUCAGUAUGGCAAUUACGUCGUUCAGCAUGUCCUGGAGCAUGGGAAGCCACAUGAGCGUUCUAUUAUAAUUGAGGAGUUAGCUGGGAAGAUAGUUGAAAUGAGUCAGCAGAAAUUUGCUUCCAAUGUUGUCGAGAAGUGUUUAACUUUUGGUGGCCCUACUGAACGUCUGUUACUGGUGAAUGAGAUGCUUGGCUCUACUGAUGAGAAUGAGCCUCUUCAGGCAAUGAUGAAAGAUCAGUUUGCAAACUAUGUUGUACAAAAAGUUUUGGAGACCUGUGAUGACCAACAGCGAGAGUUGAUCCUUUCACGAAUUAAAGUUCAUCUGAAUGCUUUAAAGAAGUACACUUAUGGAAAGCAUAUUGUUGCACGUGUAGAGAAACUUGUUGCUGCUGGGGAAAGGAGAAUUGCUGCUCAGUCUCCACAGCCCGCUUAAAGUGGCAUAGUAAAGAAAGAUGUUUGUACAGCUAACUGAGGCUAGUGUGAGCUUCAUCUUUUUCGUCUUUCUUUCUUCCCUAUCUUUUAAAAAUGGGUGGCUACAAGUUGAUUGAAAAUAAAUCGUUGGCUGUACUUGAAACUGUACAUUGUGUAGUUUAGGGGUUUAUACAGCUGAGGUUCAGACACCUGAUGCCCCUGCAGAGGAGAUAAAAAUGACACGAGGGUGUAAAAAUAAUUAAAUGUUGUUGAGGUAGUUUAAGUUUAUAUUGUAUGGUAACGUGACUGUACAAAAAUGUUUGCAUGUUGAGAGCUGUCUGUUGAUGUUUAGUUGAGGCUGAAUUGCUUUUACUGUAUGGUUAAUGACUUUUCUAUGCCUUUUUGUUUAGAAAAGAACAAUUUUCUUAAUGCCUGUUUCAUGUCAAGUGUUGGUUAUGCUUGAGCGGGCAUUUGUUUA